AUGCUGGGCCGCAGGCUGCAGAAGGCUCACAACGGCUGCAUACGUUGGGCUACCGAUUCGCGGAAGGAGCGGCCUGGCCGAGCUCAUCGCCAUGCCAGAGCUCCUGAGGCCGAGCAACUCGAGACUGCCGGCCACGCGCGCGUCGCCACGAACCCCGAGUUGCUGCAGAGCGUCUGGAGCGACCUCACCUUCGACGAGGCAAAGCUCAUCGAGACGCUCGGCGAGGCGCGGGGUAUCGACAACAUCAGCUCCGCCGACCUCUACCGGCUGCCCAAGAAUGGCCUCGAGGUCUUCGCCCAGCUGCUCAACUCUUGCGAGACGGAGGGCGCAUGGUUAUAG